GUUACAAAUUCUCCCGCGUCUGCUGCGAAUCGGGCGAUUGAACCCGGAAACGGCCGAAGGGCCUCGAGGGUGUCAAUCGCCAGAUUCGCGGACAGACGCGACACUUGUUGCGAAUACUCGCUCGUUAUAACUUCGUUUCCUUGUGCUACCUAUUUCUCGCCGAACGCCAACUCCCUCAUCGACGACGGUGCUGAUUUUGUGUCGUGAUUUCCUCCUCAGAGUACAUCACGAAAAAUGGCAGCUUACGUUCAACCAUGGAAAAAUUAUGCUAAAGAACAAAUACGAAUUGCAAGAGAGUCAAGGAAAGACAAUAUCGAGAAAAGCAUCGAAAUAAUGACAAAGGAAAUCGCCACAGAAGAAAGGUUACUACAAAUGAAAAAACAAAGGGUACAAUCGUUAAAACUCUCUCUAACGGAAAUAUUAAGGGAGAUCGAGAUGGGUUCAUGGGAAGACAAUACUGACAGCGACGACUCGAGCGAAGAGGAAUACUCAAAUUCAGAUCCAGAAACGGUAAUCGAAAAAUCGCGAGAUAACGCUCUUAAAAGAAUUGGAGAAAACUCACGAGAAAUUGCCGUCAACGUAGCCGACGAAAAUCUACAAGAAAAUAUUGUCGAAAAUCCACAAGAAAAUAUGGUCGAAAAUGUGCAAGAAAAUAUUGUCGAAAAUGUGCAAGAAAAUAUUGUCGAAAAUGUGCAAGAAAAUAUUGUCGAAAAUCUCGAAGAAAAUCUACAAGAAAAUAUUGGCGAAAAUUUCGAAGAAAAUUUACAGGAAAAUCUUGACGAAGAUCUCGAAGAAAAUGUAGCAUUAAACAUCGAGGAGAAUAAUAUCGAGGAACAUAACGCCGAAGUACAUGACAUCGAGGACAAUAUCAUAGGAGAAAAUUUGGAAGAAAUGAUCGAAAAUAACACCGAAGAAAACGAAAACAGAGAAAUACUCGAAGAGGAACAAAAUCCCAACGUAAUGAUCGACUUUAAUGAACAUACAUACUCACACGCAAAGGAACAAGAAGUAUUUCUAGGCAUGAUCAAAUGGAGAUGCGACCGUCGAGCUAGAAUCGAGAGAAACUGGGCGGAAAAAGAGUUGCAAGAAAGAGAAUGGAAGGAACUAAAAGAAAACAACCAAAGGGAAUUGGAAGAAUUCCUCAAAAACCUUAACAAUAUUUAAGAAUUAGAAACAAAAUCAAAGUCUACUAAGAAGUCCAACUUUAUUUUUCUCAAUUAAGCAAAAUUUUUUUUUAAAAACGACAGUUUGGACAAAUGCAAUAUUUAGUUUAUCUUCAUUAGGCUCAUGAUACAUAUUUUCUGAUUUUCUUUAUUAUUCCUUCGUAAAGAAAUUUUUCUCAUUACCUUAUUAUCUUUUCUUUUUCUAUA